CUACAGACCUACCAGAUCAGACUGAAAGAGCACAUGAAUGAACGUUCUGGAUCACACAGCGCCCUAGAGCGUGGGCUCAUUUCCAUAAGCACCUGACCACCGCAUUACUAAUCGUCAACCCAUAUACAUCCCUAUACUGUCUCAACCGUUCUAACCUGCACAAACCACCACCAAUUACAGGUUGGCCCAUCCUUGCAGGUUCAUCACCUAUAACUUGCGGGGGCUACAAAAAUUUUAGACCUCUACCCUGUCAUGUCCUCCUUAAGAAUCCUUUCCCGUGCCUUACGUGCUGAAUCCAACGCCGUCGCUGCCGUCUCCAGAAGAUGCUCUGUGCGUGUCGCUGUUCCUGCCAUCAGAGCGUUCUCGCAAGCUCGUGUCCAACACGCCGACUCCGGUAAAAAGUUGCAAGAAGUGUUGAAGUCCGAGUUGAAGAUCUCCAAGGCCAUUCCAAACGACUUGGAGUCCACCUACCAAGAGUUCCUCGACCAGUCUGGCUUCCAGGUUGUGGCCAGCGAGGGCAAUUCCAACGUCGAGUUGGUGAAGACUUUGGACAACGGAGAGAUCGUCAGAGUUUUCUUCGACAUCGACGAAGUCACCGACUCGCCAAUGCCUCAGCUUCCAGAGGGCGAGGAGUUUGGCGAGACCUUCGAAGAAGAAGCCGAUGCGCUUGACUCCAUGUUGUGCAAUGUCAAGGUUGUGAUUGAAAAGUCCGAAAAUAACACCGGGUUGUUGUUCAACUUGUACUUGCAGAACACCGAGAGCUCGUUCAUGAUCGACUUUGUCCUUCCUAAGAACAAUAUCAAGGAGUUCUUGGCCUCCAAGGUGGCCCAAGAGGGCGAGUUUGCUGACAAGUUCCAGUACCAAGGUCCACGUUUCUCUGACUUGGACGAGUCUGUCCAGACUGAGUUCGAAGGAUACUUAUCCACCAAGGGUCUCAAUGAAGACUUGGCUGAUUUCAUUGUUGCUUUCAGUGAAAACAAGGAAGAAAAUGAAUACAGAGGAUGGUUAUCCAACUUGGUUAAGUUUUUCAACUAAUUGUGUCUAUAGUACGAGGUCUUGUAAAUAUGAAUUGCCUGCUACAAUUGUAGAACGUGACGGUAAGUGGAAUUUAACCGAGUGCUGUCAGAAUAAUACUCAACGUAGAAUACUACCAGAAAGCUGAUUGAUUAUAGCUAUGAAAUGCGACAAAGGAACAAGCUAUCAAAUACAAUAGAGGUAGCUUCACGACUCUCUUGUGGAUAGAGUACUAAGAGGUCUACAGUUGUGAUACUCUAAUAGCUUAUCGACUUAAAAUUGGACAUAUGGAUGACAAGAUCAUUACCACAACUUUGACUGGAUAAAUCACUUCAAGGGAAUUCUAGUAGAAAGCAUCGAAUAAAUUGACCAAAGU